AUGCGGUUGCAUAAGGUUGACAAAGUUGACGCUCACAAUUACCCUGAGCAACUGAUGGCCCUCUAG